UCAGUUGAUAGUAGAUUUAAAACUAUUAAUGCAGGUGGUGUACAAAUGGAAGGAAUUGUUCUCAAAUAUAUUUUGCAUGAGUCUUCGAAAAAUAGAGUUGUUGCUAAAAAAAUUAAAAUCUUUCCUGGAACGGAUGGGGCAUUAUCUAAUUUAUCAGAGAUAUUGAAUAUGACUUUACAAUUUUUAAAUGAAAAUACAGAAAAAUCAAUUCCAAUAUAUAUCGUCGAUGAUGAUACUACUGAUGAGAAAAAAAUAAAAGGAAUAUUAUACACUAUUCUUAAUGAUAGUCUAGAAGGAAAAUUUAAAAUCGAUAUGAUACCUUCUUUCUGGUUGACGGAAAAUAAAACGAAAUCAAGUGAUAUUGCACUUUUAAUACUUUUCAACAUAAUGCAAUACACUCCUCAGAGUCUAGCAAAAUUUCUAUCAAGCGGAUCCUUCCUAUUAACUUUCGCAGAACCAAAAAACGAAAGUUUAGUUUUGAAAAUGUUGUAUUCUGCAGGAUUUGGGCUUGUUCUUAAAAAAUAUUUUUUGGACGAUCGAGUUGCAUUGCUCCUUCGUCAAAAGCAAUACGUCAAUAAAACUACUAUUUUGAAUAUCAAUGAUAAUCAAAAUUGGUCCAAUCAAAUAAGGACAAUAGUCAGAUUGAAAGAUUGUGAUCGUCUGAUAAUUGUUGUCAGAUCUCAAGAAUAUUCCAAUCUUGGUCAAAAUCUUGUAGUACUUCAGGAAGAUGAAUACGGAGAUAAAAUUCAAAUUGUAGACAUUCAAGAUCCACAUGUUUCAAAAUUUUCUUUAGAAGACGCUUUCUACAGUUCACAAAUAGAUCUAAAUUUGAAGAUGAAUAUUCUAUUGCCAGGUAAAGUUUGGGGAACGUACAAACAUUUUCCAAUUACCUUGAACCUUCAACGCAUAUUGAAUUGGAGAGCUGAACAGUUGAAUCCUUCUGAAUUAGAAUCUAUUUCUUGGGUCGAGGGAUUCCCUAGAAAAGUUGGUGACACAAUAAAAGUCGAGUACUCUGCAGUCAAUCAAGCAGAUAUUCUGUUAGCAACUGCUAAAUUGGCAUUAGAAGACAUAGAAAAUAGACUUGGAAUGAAUUUAUUUGGAGAAGAAUAUUCUGGAAUUAAUUCAAAGGGAAACAGAGUUAUGGGAAUAGCAAAUGGUACAUUUUCAAAUUAUAUAACAGCUGAUACUAAUUAUACGUGGAAAAUACCUGACAACUGGUCUUUAGAAGAUGGCGCAACUGUACCUUUAGCAUAUGCAGUUGCAUACUUGGCUUUGGUGAUAAAGGCAGAUGUACAAAAGAACCAAUCUGUUUUUGUUUACGACAGCGCAUCUUCCAUUGGCCAAGCUGCCAUUAAUGUAGCAUUAAAUAUUAAGUCACAAGUAUUCGUUGGAUACGUUAAUGAUAUUGACAAAGAAAACUUAAAAAGUAGCUUUUCAAAUAUUCACGAAAACCAUUUUAUAAAUGCAUCAAGAAAUUUUGCCGAUCAAAUCAUGGCACAUACACAAGGCAGAGGAGCGAACCUAGUAAUCUAUAAUGGAGAUGAUUUAAGUAAAAUAGAUACUUUUUUGAUGUGUGUGAAGAAUAAAGGAAACGUUAUUGUCAUUGGAAAUUUACAAGAUACAUUUAGUAAAUCCGUAGGCAUGCGAAAUUUCUUGAGAUAUACUUCUGUGUUCUCAAUAAAUCCAACGAAAAUAAACAAUCUUGAUGUAGCAACGAAAAGAAAAUUAUCACUAAUGAUUGAGAAUGGAAUAGCAGAGCAAACUAUAAAGCCGUUACCUAGACGUACCUACUCUAGGGAUAUGUUAAAAACUGCUUUUAUUGACGGAGCUUCAAAUAAUGUUUUUGGAAAAAUCAUUGUUAAAGUACAGCCGGAGGAUGGAAGCGAUGAAGCUCUAACAAUACCUCGAUUCUUCUGCAAAAGUGAAGGAUCUUAUUUGAUAAUUGAAGGAUUGAGUGACUUUGGACUUGAACUUAUUGAGUUUUUAGUUGUAAGAGGUGCCAAAAAUAUUAUUAUAGCUUCCGAAUCGAAAAAUACAAGAGCUUACAGUGAACACAGAAUAAAUUUGUGGAGACAAUAUGGAGUAUCAGUUGUUGUUCGUGAUAAAAUGGACUUUACCCAUCAAGAAAAUGGAAAUGAUCUUCUAGAAGAAGUUAGUACAGUAGAUGCUAUUUUCGAUCUUCAGCGUAUUGAUAAUUUAUCAGCAAGCACUUCUAAUUCGAAAUAUUUGUUUACCAAAUAUAUUUUUGAAGAAUCUAAACAAAUAUGUCCUGAUUUAAGACACUUCGUCGUUUUUUCAACAUGUAAAAAUGUCAAGGAAAAUGUCGAUGAAAUUUUGUUAAGAGAAAUCGGUUUGAUGAAAAUUUGCACGGAAAAAUCAAAAGUAGAUACCCCGGGACUUUUAAUUUUUUUGGGACCAGUUUCUGAAAUUGUGAAAAGCACAACUGAAAACGAGAGGAAUGUUCCUUUGUUAUCAAUUCGUAGUGUUAUUGAACAAAUGGAUAAUUUAAUUGGAUCGAAAGCGUCCAUUGUAUCUGUUUCUCAUAAAUCAUUUAAAUACGAUUCUGAGAAGGUUAAAAAAGUAAACGAUACUACUGAAGAAACGGCAAGGUCAAAAUUUGACAAAUAUAUUUCAGAAGAUCAAUCCAUAUCAACGACUUGGAGACUUCAGAUUUUAGAUGAAAAAUAAUUCUCAUAAAAUAUUGUAAAAGAUUGAGCUGAGAUUUUAUGAAGAAAUUGAAUGUAUUCGUUAUUAACGUUCCACGGUCAAGAAAAAAUAAAAAAACAAAAACAAAUUAAAUAUAAAAUUGUAAAUUACAGAAAAAUAAACCUAAAAGUUUUGAAAUUCUCUCGGAAAUUCUCUUUAGAAGAUUCUUUAAACAAAUUUCACAUGAAACACGUCGGUGAAGUUUACAACAUUUAUGUUCAACGAUUUAGAAGAAAAAAUAUUUUUCUAUGCAUAUUAUUAUAAUUUUUUGUCCAAAAAAUUUUUAUAACAUUUCUCGAUUAACAUGAGCCAAAAGUUCAGAACGUUUAAAUGAACAAAAUAUUUUUUUCAAUCUAUAAAUUAUUAAAAAUUAUAAUGUCAAUGUAAAA